GCGUUUACUGAUUAUCUUUCGGCAUUAGAAAAUACAUGGUGCUCUCUAGUUAAACAGAGAAGUACACCACAGGUUCAAUUCAGGGUUCCGCCAUCAAUGCCCAGCCAUCAUUGAAUUGAGCUGAAGGAAGACGGCCUUACAGGUGCCUAAAGGAGUAAUAUAAAACACACAGUUUCGUUCACAGGGUAUACGAUCACUUGAAACUUGCACAGAGUGUAUGUCGCCAGUAUUGUUUUUAAAAUGAUAACGAAUAACGUGAUGUCAGAUUUUACAUUGUUGAAUAAAAAGAAAUUUUAACUAUAACGAAUAUCAUUAUCAAAUAGUAAUGCGCAUAAGUGAAAACAUCGCGAGAGAACAGAACAUUUUGAAACGUGGUGGAGUGCAGUGAGAUUUUAUUUUGCUGGUAGGAAGGCGGGACAGCGCCGUAGCUAUCGGUUGUGUUCAUCCGCUUCAGUGUUGUCUAUCAACUUUACUCAUAGUAUUCACUAUCCAUCUCAAUGCAUAUAGUAAUUGUCUAGAAAGAAGGAUAUCAACAUAAGAAUGCCAAUUGAGACCCUAAUUUGGAAAAUGUGAAAACUCUGUUUUUAGGAACUAGUUUAAUGCGCGAAAAGGGGUGCGCAGUCGAGAGAGCAGCAAAGCAAGUUCGUGUUUUGGGGUGUUUCGAUGAAGUUUAGUUACCAUGAAAAUGUGCAUCAGGAGGGCAAAAAAACGCCAAAAUAGCCACCUGUACUAUAUAAAACAUGACAGAGGGAAAUGAUGACGGCAACUAUUUGGUUCGAGUGCGUGCUCAGGUGAUGAUGCGUGAUGACAGCACUGGGGGUUGGGUGCCCAUGGGUGGGGGCGGCCUUUCCAACGUGUCUGUCAGGAAGCGUGUCACCCUCGACGACCCCAAACACGAAUAUCUUAUUUACGGCAAGAGAAUAUCAGAUCAAUCAGUAGUGUUAAGUUGUACCAUAAAGAAAGACUUCGAGUACAACAAAGUGAUGCCCACCUUUCACCACUGGAAGACAGGAGACAAGAAAUUUGGAUUAACAUUUCAGACAGCCCACGAUGCCCGGGAAUUCGACAACGGUGUUCGCAUGGCAGUUGAAGAUCUUCUGGACGGUCUCAACGACUUUCCCUCCUAUCAUCAUGGCCUAAAUAUAGGUGUUGGAGAAGAUAAUGUUUUUAUGACAGUGAAUCUUCCGGUGGAGAGAGAUGGGUCUCGAUCGUCGUCAGGGUCCACUACCUGUAGCAGCAGCCGUCACACACCCACCGCAACUCCCCUGCCCACCCCAGACCAUCCCCCUCACCACCACCACCACCCACACCACCAUCCUCCCCCUCACUAUCCACCACCACCUGGAGGAGGAGGUGGAGUAGGAACAACAGCAGGAGGAGGAGGAGGAGGAACAGGCAACAUAUCCACUACCAACGCUUCUCCCUCUUCCACCACUUCUAAUUUAGCCACUUCCACACCAGGGCCAACAACCCAGCCAUACACUCACCCUCACACCAACGACCAUCACCUUUACCGUAUCAUAUUUCCACCCCGGCACAGACCUCCACUGCCUCAUAACAACCAUCCCCCCGACAAGCCAAUAGAGCCUGACUGUGAUCCUAAAUCUGGCAGCCCCCUUGAUAUGCCCCAAGACCAGGAUAAGAUAGAAGUUCUUGGAGACAAUUAUUCAUAUGUACAGUUUGCUCCAGAACGACCACCAGUGAUGCAUCACGAAUACAGCUAUCCCAUGGUGGAGGGCAUUAAAGGGGAAAAGAGAGACAGUAUAGCUUCCUUAAAGAAACAGCAGCAGCUCGAGCUUGUCGGGGGGACACACCCACAACCAAUGCCCCAUCACUUACUCUCUGGAAAGAGAACAGGACGAGGCAGAAAGACCACAAAGGCCCGCUGCCGGCACUGCCAAGAAAUGUUUACCUAUGAUGCAAAUUCUCGAGGCAGCUGCGAAUAUUCACCCGACUGUGUGCGCACAGCUAUUGACACACUUACUUGCAUCUCUUGUGCACAGUGUAUGUUAUAUCACUGCAUGAGUGAUGCUGAAGGAGACUUUGCGCACCACCCAUGUGAAUGUGGAGGUCCUGGAGGCACGGCGGAUGAAUCGUGCGGGCGGCGGUGGCUUGGUUUAACGCUGUUAUCCUUAUUGGUGCCAUGCUUGUGGUGCUACUUGCCUCUACGAGCAUGUCACCGAUGCGCCGUCGCCUGCGGACUAUGUGGUGGUCGCCAUGAGGCCUCCUGACUCACCGCCCCCACACAUGCCCAAGAAGAAGAAGAUGAGGAUGAUGACGAUGAUGAAGAGGAAGAUACCGUUUUUACAGUAACAGGUAGCCCUACAGUACCCUCCCCACAACCAUGGUGUGAUCAGGGGAGCAGUUCCCAACAUUCUGGUGUAGUCUUGGGCAUGUAUGUGGAUGGAUGAACCAAGCCAGUGGAUUACUGGUAUAAGUUUUGUAGCCAGUCAACUGUUGUGGCAGGGAUGACGACGGUAGUGGUUGUGUGAACUGAACGAGUGUAAGGGUGCUUAUUAGCACAAAUAUGAUUGCUAGACAAUUUUCAAGUAAGGAAAAGAAUGUUACUGUGUGAUACAAGGAGUGUGAAUGUAACCACUUUGACAUAAGUGGCUAGAAAGGACACAACAGUUUGAGUGUUCUAUGUACCUGAUGGCCAUCCUCGGCCUCAGAGAGUGUGUGUGCAUGUGUGCGUCAGUGUGCAACGCACACACACUGCCGUACAUGGCCAGUUCUCAACUCUUGCAUUUGGAAACCCUUGUUCAUCUAUAUGUGAGCUGCUCUAUUAAUGGCAGGUCUGUCCGGCUUGGUCUAUUUAAUAAUAUCUAAAGGGAUCCCAAUUUUUCGAGGGCUCAGGAGAAAUUGUGACGCCCUUUGGAAUUGCUGUGACUUUUUGUAUGCUUUUAAUUAUUGUGAUAGAUGUUCUAUAUAUUGAUAGCUUUAGCCGGCCAAGACGGACAGGUGGCCUAGGCAGCUGGACUGUCACGUGUCACAUAAUAACUACGUGAAGUUCACACUUGCGUUUGCCUUACAUGCCCACACUUUUGUGUUUAGUCUUUUGGAGAUGAUCAGCGCCGUUGUCUGUGCAUGUACGCCAGGCAACUUUUAUCAAGGGUUUCCUUGUCAUUUUAGGUGCUAUAGCACAAAUCAUGGAUUUUUUCUUUUCUAAGUGAAUAAUUAUCCAAAAAAGAUUAUUCAGUUGUGUUGCAGUCAAAAGAACAGUUUUCUACACAACUUUAUAUACGUAUACAUAAAUAUAUAAAUAUAUAUACAACAUGUGUAAGGCAGUUGCACUGUGAAACAUAAUAAAUUAAAAAGGUGAAGUUUGGCUUCUUAAAAAAUCAAACUAAGGUAAUGAUGUAACUACAUUAAGGUAGUUGUCCAAUGAUAAAAGACUAAACCUCCAAAUUGCAUUCAUGUAAGCAACACAGGUGGCAUAUGAAUCCAUGCCCUGUGAAAAAUCUUUUAACUACGUUUGUCACAAUUCUAUAUAAAUAUUGAUAACCAGUCAUGAUUACCAAAAGGAGGCCAAUAUCUUGUCAAGACAAUUUUUGUGUACAACCUAGAUGGUGGCUCAAUCGAUUCAUGGUUACACCUAAGAGGAUUGCAGGUGAUAAAGUGUUAAGUUCUAAGCCAAAGGCACUCCGGGAAUGUAGCACCAUCUGCAUUCCUCUGUGGUGCUGUGGCUUGAGUCGAAAUAGAUGUUUUUGGUAGCGGUACAUCCAGGAGCAGCCAGGUCAUCCACUUGGCAGUGAGAUAAUUGGUAACUUGAGGAUCCAGAUAUUAGUUGACCCUUUUUUGAGGUAAGGACCAUAACCAUAUUAUCAUCACUACCUUGGUAGUUGACCUAGCUUAUGUCAGCUCCCCGAUACUUCCGUAUAUGCCACCCCUAGUCACGAACAAAAUUGCAACUUAUGUCCGAGUCUAUCGUUUGUUUUCUUUGCAACAAGUUUAAGCAGAAAGUCACAAAAGAUGUAGUUUCAUUUUACCUUUAUAAAAAUUGUUAUAAAUCAUGGAAAUAUUCUAUAAAGGUUAUCAGAAUUUCACCAAGUGAUUGAUUUUAAUAAUUUGAUUGUGUCACCUAUUGUUUACUGAUAACUUAAUUAUAUUUGUCAUAUAUAGGCUGUAAAGAUGAUUUUAUGAACAAUAAUGAAAACCAAAGACAUAUC